AUGAGAAAAUCAGCGUCUAAUACAAGAUUAGAUCCAACAACACUACCGAAAAAGACAACUUCUAUAAAAUCAUUACCAUCAUUACAACCUCGACAACAACAACAACAAUUACCUAUAACUCCACAAAUACAACAAACAACAAAUCAACCACCACCAUUAUCAACUAAUCAAUCUCAAUCAUCAUUACAUCAAUUUACAAAAAAUGAUAUUAUUGAAAGAGAUAGAGCAACUACAUUAUCAUCAAUGGAUAUACCAUUUCAUCCAGUAGAAAGAGAUCGAGAUAAUGAACAACAAGAACCAAUAAUAUCAAAAUUAAGACCUGAUUUUUCAAGAUCAAGAAGUACAACAUUACCUAAUUUUGUAAAUUUUGAAAUAUUAUCAAAUUCAAAUUUACCUUCAACUCCAAGUUUAACAUCAAUACCAUCAAAUCAUCCAGAAAGUCCUACUUGGUUAUUAAGUGAUUUAUUAUCAAAUUUAAGUAGUUUAAAAGAUAAAGAUGAAUAUUCAAUUGUACAAAAAUCAAAUGAUUUAGUUACUUUAUUUCAAACUUAUCCAAAUUUAAAAGAAGAAGUUCAAAUUAAAACUGUUUUACCAAGAAUUCAAUUUAUGUUAUAUCAUAGAAUAUCAGAAGUUAGAAGUUCAUGUUAUAGAAUUUUAAGACAUUUAAUUGUAAAUUAUCAAAGUUUAAUUUUAUUAGGACAACUGAAAAUUUUAAUUUUUAUUAUAGUAAGUUUAGCAAAUGAUCAAUCAAAAAGUUCAAUAAUUGAAAUGGAACAAGCUUUAAAAUUAAUAAGACAAUAUAUGACUAUUGAAAAAGGUGCAGAUUUAUUAUCAGUUGGUGUAAUAAAGGCAUUAAUUGCUAUAGUUGAAAAUGAUAAAUAUGAUUAUCAUAAAACAAAUUCAAUAAAUACAAAUUAUGGAAUUAAUUCAGAAUCUAUACCAAUGGGGUUUAAAAAUGCAUGUAUUGAAACGAUAAGUGAAAUAGCAUUAUUAAAACCAGAAUUAGUUUUCCAUUCAGGAGGUUUUAAAUUAAUGAUAAAUUCAAUUAUAGAAGGACCAUUUGAAGUUUCAUCAACAUGUUUAUUAAUUAUAUUAAGAAUUUUAAGUUAUCAAAAUUCAAGAAAAUUUUUAAGAAAUGGAUUUGAUUUAGAUUCUUUAAUUUCAAUUUUUUCAUCAGAAGAAAAUAAUGAAAAUUUAAAAAAAUUUGAAAAUUUAAAUAAUUUUAAAUUACAAAAAAUUUCUUUUUUAAUUUCAACUUUAUUAAAAGAUUUUAAUGGUUUAAUUGCUUAUUCAAUAAAUGAUUUUACAAGUAUUCAAAAUUUAUUAAUAAAUUUAACUAAAAAAAAUAAUAGAGUUCAAGAUUUAGUUCUAGAUAUUUUAUUGGAUGCUUUGAGGAUAAAAGUUUUUCCAUGGUUGGAAAAUAGUCCCAUUGGUGAUUAUGUGAGUAGAUAUAAUGAUUAUAAAAAGAGGAAUGGAAAGGGACAUGAACAUUUAAAAUUUGAAUAUACAACUAGCAAAGAGCCGUUUUUGAAUGAUAUUGUACAUCAUUAUCAAGGUCUUUUAACAUAUAUUUUAAUUGUUAAUGAUGUAUUUGAACAUCUAAUAGGAUUGAUUCAAGAUUCAGCUAGUAGUGAAGAACUACGACAAAAAGCAACGCUACUAAUCACAAAACUUAAUGCAAUUGCAAGUAAUUAUUUACCUCAAGAAUUAAUCAAAAAGAAAUUACAACUGCUUAAUUUUUCUUCACAUAUUUCAUUUGAAGUUGUUAAUUUAACACGUACUAAACCUGAAAACAAUCCUGAACAAAAUCAAUAUAUUAAAACCAAUAUGAAAAAAAUCUCAAUUCAAGCAAGUAAUAAUGUAGAUGAUGAAGAAUUUAAAAAUAUGAUUACAAAUAGUAGAGUAUUAGUAAUUAAAGAAUUUGAAGAUUGGAAUUGGCCAUUACUUUCAAGUUUAGUUCAAGGUCCAUUAAAAUCAUCAAAGAGAUUUGAAGAAGUUUUAGAAAAAUCACCAAAAUUCUUUAAGAGAUUAGUUUCAUUUUAUCGUCCUUUUAAAUAUAGAUUUUCAACUGUUCAUAUUCAAUCUAAAAAUUAUCAAAAAUAUAUUAAUUUUGGUUGUUUGCUACUCGAAAUGUUUUUAAGUUCAGAAAUUGGUACAAAAUAUUUAUCAUCAACUAAAUUAUUACCUCAAUUAUCUGAAAUUGUUGCACAAAUUGAUCCGUAUAGUGGUAUAACUUCAAAAGAUCCAGUAUUAAGUAAGAAAAGACUUGAAAAUACAGCAUCAAUAGGGUAUAUUCGAUUUUUGGGAGUUUUAAGUGGUAGUAUUGAAGGAUUAAAUUUAUUAUCUAAUUGGCAAUUUUUCACAUUAAUUUCAGAUAUAAUUUCAGCUUCAAAUGAAAUUGAAAAUAAUAAUUAUUUUAUAUUAACUUUAUUUAAAUAUAUUGAUUUUUCAAUUGAAAAUAGUCAAUUUAAAAAUUUAUUACAAAUGUGUUUAAAUAUUUCAAAUUUAAAAAUUAAAAGUUGUUUAUUAAAACAUUUAUUACCUCAAUUAGUUAACAACAAGGAUAGUGAAGAAUUUUCAAUUAGGAUACUUGUUGAAAAUUUUUAUAAUCGAAAUCAUGAAAUAGUUGAAAAUUCAAUUCUAUUUUUAUAUAAUCAUUAUAAAGCAAAUGAUUUUCAAAAUGUUGAUAUUUUUUUAAAAUAUCUGCCAUCAAUUUCAAUAAUGAAAAAAUAUAAUAUUGGGAAAAAUUUUUUAGUUCAAUUAUUACAAAAUAUUAAAAGUUUUAGAUAUUUAGAAGAUGAAGGAUAUAUUGAAGAAGAAUUUAAUAAAUGGUGUCAAAUUAAAAAAUUUAAAUUUGUUAGAAAAAUUGAUGAAUUAAUUAGAUUACAAUUUUUUCCAUAUGUUAAUACAAAUAAUAUUGAAAAUAAUGAUAAUAAUGAUAAUGAAUUUGAAAAUUAUUCAUUAAAUUUUUUUAAAUGUCUUUUAUCAACAGAAGAAGGUUUAAAUUUUUUCAACAAGGGUAUAGCAAAAGAUUUUUUAGAUCAAUUAUUAUCAUCAAUUGAAAUAAUUUUUAAUCAAAUUUCAAAUGAUAAUGAAUUUUUAGAUAUUGAUAAUCAAGAUGAAAUUCAUUGUGAUUUAUUAGGUUUAUUAAGACAAAAUUUAUGGAUUAUUGGACAAAUUGGUUCAGGAAAUUUUGGAAUUCAAUUAUUAGAUCCAAUGUAUAAUAUAAAUUUAAAAUCUUCAAUUAUAGAAUUGAUCUUGGACAAUUUUCAUAAUUGUCCUGUUUGGGAAAUUAGAGGAUUAUGUUUUUAUGUUAUAGGAAUGAUUUCAACUACAGUUGAAGGUAUGGAAAUUUUAGAUGAAUUUGGUUGGUAUUCAGUAUUAGAUCAAUAUGGAAGAAGUAUGAAUUUAGCUUAUCCAAAACAAAUUAUUGAUGGUCCUAUAAACUCAAAUCAUGAUAAAGCAAAUUUAUUUAAUGUUUCAAUAAUAAAUCCAUAUCGUGAUAAAAGAUAUUUUCAUAUUUUUAAUAGUUUAGUCGACAAGACAAAUGAUGAAAUUCAAUCUCCAAUAACUAUUAGAAUUUUUACAUAUUUACAAAAUUUAAAUUCAAUUUUAUCAAAAAUUGAAUUAAAAGCAGUUAAAGAAUUAAUUAAAAUAAAACAACAAUAUAAUGAUAUAUUUGAAGAUGUUGAUUUAUUUCUUGAUGUUAUAAGGUUAAUUGAUAAAGGUAAUUUUUCAUUUCAUAAAAGAGUAUUUAUAUUUAAAUUAUUUUCAGAUGGGUCGGUAUUAGAAUAUAUUUUAAAAAAGGAAAAAAGAGGAUCUUUUAAAUUUCAAGUAUAG